AUGGCUUAUCAUCUGGUUACCAUUUCUGAGUCGUUCUCCAGUGUGGUAGACGCGGCUGCCCAGCAACCCAGGCCCUCGGUCACAUGGAACCUGGGCUCGCCUUUGGGUUAUUCGACCGCCGCCCAGGCCGCCACCAGUUCCGGCACCACCCCGGCCUGGACCUUCCAGCGCGAUAGGCUCGGCUCUCACCCCAAAUUCAACGUAGGGACCCACCCGCAGAUCUGCUUCCUGCGGCCGCGGACAGCGCAGCUGCCGGUGCUCUUCAGCUUAAUGAAUUCCAGUGAAGCAGCAGUGAAAAAUUUUUUACCGAAGAGCAACUUACCCCGGGUGAUUAUUCGUGACAACCUCAGUGCACGAGUCUAUGAGAUGGAGAUAAGAGCUUCAGACAAGACCAAGAGAAAGAUGAGCCACUUGUAUGACCAUCUGAAGAAAAAGUUCAUGACCAACCAGCUCAGAAAUCUGGGGUGCUGGAGACGGGAAUCCAUGAACAUCCAGCAGUACCUGGAUAGCAUCCAAGUAUGCAAGGUCCAGUUCAACCUCCAUCCUCACAGGAAAAGCCAGCCACCCUAGUCAAGGCAGAAUAAUCUGCCCCUGAACCAUGAUGACACUAGACUACAGGAGGAGGAGGAGACUUAGAAACUAGCCAGCCUACACCAUCACAGAACCAUAAUAAACUAAGAUCAGCGGACAGUGGAGCACCAAAACCCUCAGCCACUGUAAUAUUCCUUCCCCUACCCAUCCCAUCUGUUCUGGUAAAGGUGAUCCUGAAGGUCCUGUAGCUGCCUAACUGGGAGGAGGCUGAAUCAAGCUGGUUUCCAUGGUUAAGGCAAAGAUCAACCUCUGGUACCCAUGUGUCUGAAGUGAAAUGCUAGGCCAGGUGUCCUGGGACAGUAGUACCUUAAAUGGGAAGGAUUCAAUAGUGCCGCUGCCUAGUGGUAAGGGGGUCAAGGUGGGGCAUUGGACAGACCUAGGUUAAGGGCUAUAUCUGCUACCCCUCAGCUGUGUGACUUUGUAACCUCUCUGAGCCUCUGUUUUCCUAUCUGAAAGAGUGGGCUAGUAGUGAGGGAACCAACCUCCAAGAACUGGUGUGAGGAUGUGUGUGGUGUGGUUGGCCUGGGGCCUGCUGAUGGCUCUUCUCAUGAUGGCUCCCAUUGGCUUCCAGCCUUGCCAGUUCUCACUUCCUGGCCUGCCUGCUGUUCCGACUACACUCUUGACAGUCCUCACAUUGUGCCUUUACAUGCACAGGCCCCUUAUCCAGAACACUCCUUCAGCCCCCCAGGGCUGUCAGAAAACUCUUCAUCUUUCAAAGUUUAUCUCAAUGCCAUUUCCUGCAAAGUGUUUCUGACCUCCUCUGCCUCCUGCCUGACCCUUCUCCCACCCUGCCUUUGUCACAUGGGUUUCUUCUCCCCUCUGAACUUGGAUUACCCAGGGUGGCUUCAUUCUGCCUUAGGUGGUAGCUGUUUGGGCAUUUGUCCUAACCCCGAUUAGGUGGUACGGACUUCAAGAGCAGGGACGAAGGAUCCUCCAAGAUUCAGUCCAGGCUUCUUCUGUGACACUUGCCCCACCUGGCCCCAGUGGAAAAGGCCACUCCUUCCUGUGCCCACACCUCUGUCUGCACUGAGUAUAUGGUUGGCCAUUUCUUGUUUGCUCACUGUCUCCCUAACCAGAUUGUGAAUGUCUUAAUGGCAGGAACCCUGACUUACUCAUCUGUAACCACAAUGCCUAGUAAAUGGAGUAGGCACUUGG